CGAACGCUUCCAGCGUUGACAACUUUACUUGCGCCAUUUUCCACAGCAGAAUACAGCCACACUGUUGGAAAUUGAUAGUUAUGUUUCUURCAAAGCCGAUAGGAGGUAAACUACAAUUUUGCGCUUAUUUAUAACAAUUUUGUGUAAAGGUUUUUAGCGCGAAGUCUGCAAAACAAUCGUAAACAAUAAGUUCAGUUUUAAGAGAGAUUAUUGUCACAAAAAUUAUUAAGUCACGUUUAUUAUAAAAGUGUUAAAAACUUUGUGGAAAUCUAAAAUUGACAACAAAAUUAAUGUUUAAGGCUUGCUUACAAUUUAAAUAUCAAUCAACCGUGUUCCAAUGGAGGAAAUCUCAAGUUUAGACUCGUUUCACACUGAUGCUGAGUCUAGUGCUCGACCCGAGUCCGAACCACCGAAAUUAGAUGAAGACACAUCACAAGCCUCAAUCGACAAAGUCGUGGAAGGUGACGUCACGAAAGAUACUGAAGAAGGAAAUAUCGACGAGGAUUUCGAACAAAUUUCSGAAGGAUCAUUUGACGUCGAUGAAAACUCAAAUGGAACCUCUUCAGGUGCACCCAAAGAUGAAGGGAGUAGCACACAGGAGAAGUUGGCUGGUGGCGCAUACGAUGGUGAUGAGGGUGGUGGUGUUGAAGGUGAAAUUAUUAAUGAAAAUGAAAAUAAAGAACCUGAGACAGUAGACAAUAAAACAAAGGAGUCCACAGAUUUCGAAGAAGUGGAUGCGAACGUAUCUGGUGGAGGUCAUAAUGCAGCCACCGAUGAAUCCGAUAUGUUGGGCGAGUCGGACAUGACUUUACCAACAGCAACAGAAGAGUUAGAUGUUUCUGUGGAACCAGUUGACAAGACGGUUGAAACGAAGGAUGCGGAUAAUCAAGCUGAUAAUGGAGUUAUGGGUGAACCAGCGGUCGAUUUGCAAACGACAGAUGGAGAUAUGGAUAUGCCAUCAAUCACUAACUCACCUGAAGAAAAUAUGAUAACAAGUGCUGCUGUUGAAGAUGAAAAUGAAAAAAAGAGUACUCAGAAAUCAAUUGAUGAAGAAAGUCAUAAUAUUACUGUUGAACAGCAAGAUGUUAGCAUGGAAGCCAUUGAAGUCUUGGAAGACGAUGARCCUUGCAAUGACAAUAGUAAACCUGAGAGUGAUGUAAACGAAAAAGGAACAGAUAUUGAUGUAGCAGCCCAAGAAGAAGAAAACAGUAAGAAUGAAGAGGACGAUAUUACUGAUGAAGUUGGUGAUGAUAACAAGCAACUCGAUGCAAUCGAAGAGAAUACCGAUGACACAAAUAAAAUCACGGAAAUAGUUACAAGUGAAGAACCAGAACCUGAAACUGAACGGGAAGAUGAACCAGUUGAAAAUGUCCAAGAACCAGAAGAUUCCGAUAUUUGUCUUAUACCAGAUGACACUGAGUCGGAAGUAACACAAGCAGAAAAGGAACAGGCUAUUUUAGCUCGGGAAAAUGCCGAAAAAGAGGAUGCAGAGGCUCAAAAACAAAGAGAUACAGAAGAAGUUACUGUUGAUGCUGCUGUUGCUGAAGAAAAUUCAGUUUCAGAAAAAAAUACCUCAGCUGACAUUGAAGAUGACUCCGAAUUGAGUGACGCUAGAGUCGAAGCCAAGGCUCAAGCUGAAUCAGCUGGAGCUGAAGCUGAAGCCGCUGAUGCUGGUAGUGGCAGCAGCGAAGGAGUGCAGCUAAACGCAGCGGAAGAAAUAGCAGAAGCGCCUGAUGCAGAUGAACCUUUAUUAGAGGAAAUGCAAACAAAUACGACGGAAAUGGGGUCUUCACAAAAAAUUAUUAUUGCUUGGAUUAUAUCAUCAACACAAAAAUGUAUACAGUGUGAUAACGAAAAAAUGUGUGGCUUUCGAUUUAAGAAUCCCGAAAGCGGUAAUUUUGACUAUUUGUGUGAACAAAAAUGUUGCGAUGCAAUUUUAUCUGCUCAUCCUGGAAAGUAUUUCAUUCGAAGGAAAAAGUUUCUUAUCGAAGAGUUAACUAAUGAAGCAAAAGACGUCGAUACAAUAGAUAAUGAAAUUGAUGAGAGUGAACCCGAGGUUGCAGACAAAUCUGAUGUGAGAGAGAAAGAUGCAAACUGUCACACAUGUUUACAAUGCAAGGAAGCAAAGCUAUGUAAAUACUUCUUCCGUCAGGAUGACGAGCACCACUACAUUUGUAACGAUGUUUGUUACAAUCUUUUAAAUUCUGAGGAGCCAGAAAAAUUUAAAUUAAAACGACAUUCAAUCCGAGUGCGCAACAUUGGUUCUACAUUACCAGCAACGACAACGUCUUCAACGGGAGUUUCGACCAGUUCCAGUACGACUGCUGUGACAAAGACAAAAGGUCCACGAGAUACGGGCGUAGUAGCUCGGACCUCUGCUGAAGCGGAGGCAGCACGAUUAGAACGAAAUGCCAGUUUUAUGCGUCGUUGUGCUGAAUGUUUCAAUGAAGUAACGUUAGGUGACAAAAAUUUACUCUGGGAAACAAUGGAUUUCUGCAAUGAAAUUUGCCUCGGCAAGUACCAACGCACAAUCGGUGCUAAUUGUCAAACAUGUCAUGGAGAAGUACCACAUCCUGCCCUCGGCAAAUAUUGUGUACGAUUUGGUUUUGACAUUCGUCAAUUCUGCUGUGCAGCUUGUCUUAAUGAAUUUAAAAAAGGAUUAAAAACAUGUUCGUGUUGUCAAAAGGAUAUUUCAUCCGGCAGUGARGGCUUUCUUGCACCUGUGGGUGACAAGGAACAAUUUAAAGAUUUUUGUUCACAAGCCUGUAUGCGUCGUUAUGAUAGUAUGUGCAAUCCCAAAAAAAAACUACGUAACGAUACUUGUGCUGUGUGUAAUAAUGAUAAACCAGUGCGCGUCGAAAUUAUGCUGGAUGGUAAAGAACAUAAUUUCUGUUCAAAUCCAUGCUUUUCAGCUUUCAAAUUCGUAAGCAAUAUAGUCGCCGAUCAAUGUGCUAUGUGUUCCAAGUAUUUUGAACGCAAAGGCUCAGAGUCAUAUACAAUUUAUACAGAAAGACGAACUAAAGUGUUUUGUACACGUGUUUGUCUUAAUGUGUAUAUAAUUGUUAAUCGGCGUAUUGUCUCAUGUCAAUGGUGCAAAGUAAAGAAAUAUAAUUUCGAUAUGAUCUACAAACAACAAGAUGCACAGGAAAUUCUAAUGUGUUCUCUAAAUUGUUUAACUUUAUACGGUGUGUCUAUUAACGCUUUUUCACGUACUGUUGCCAAUUGUGACAAUUGCAACACUUCCGCUACACCACAAUAUCACCUCACAAUGUCGGAUGCUUCGAUGCGUAAUUUUUGCACAUAUCAAUGUGUUAUGCAGUUUCAGAGUCAAUUUGCAAGAGCACCGCUUACUUUGGAAAAUGAUUCACCAUCGACCCAACAGACCACUACUGUGACACAAAGCGGAUCUAACAAAAACAAUGUACCUUUUCCCACUGGAUUGCCUAAGAGGGUAAAACUAAAGAUGCCGCAACAAACCAAACCCCAAAUACAGAUCAAACUUCCUGCAAAAACAACACCUGUAGGUAAAAAGGGGCCUACAAUGCCAGUUAUAUCAACGGUAUCUUCUCUGGCAAGUGGUGAGACCGAAACAAUGAUUGGUAACGUAACUGUACGGCGAGGCCGAGGUAGAGGGCGAAAGUUAGAUUCGCCACCACCUGUGCCACAAAUAACCACACCUCCUAUGAUUGUACCAUCUAGAGGGCGACCGAGAAAACAAAUAGAUUAUACUGCGUCUCCAUCUCCACCACCAAUAGAUCUGCCUACGUCAAAUGCUAAAUCAAUAGGAAAGCGAGGACAGAAUAAUUCGGUAUCUGGCCAUAUGGAAAAAGGUGUUGGGGAAACGAGAAUUAUUGCUGUGCCACCAUAUCCACCUGCUGUUCGAAAUGUACAGACCAGUUGUAAACCACAAACAGURACAGUCGGAUUUCAAACUACGCCGAACACUACGAAUACAGCUACACAAACUGGUAAGGACUACUCCAACAAGGUGCUAAUACCAAUACCUGUACCGAUUUAUGUGCCACAACCUAUGUACAUGUAUUCGGCACCGUUCCCCGUACCAGUACCAAUACCAUUGCCAAUACCCGUACCAAUAUUUAUACCAACUACACGAAAUUCGGCUCAGGGCAUUCUUAAGGAAAUCAAAAAAAUCCAAGACAAAAUGCCUGCCGAUCCAUUUGAAGCUGAAUUGCUUAUGAUGGCUGAGAUGGUAGCCGAAGAAAAACACGAGUCUGAUUCGGAUUCAGAAGAUGAAGUAAAAACUGAACCGAGCUUGGUUCCGUUACAAUACAAUAAUGAUGUACAACCUGUUGAAGUGACCAACAAUUCAUAUGGCGAAGAAGUACUACAGAUGGCAUUAAAAAUGGCAACUGGUGAGUACGGUCAGCCUGCUGUUGAUCUUGAAUCGGCCAUGACUGCUAGUGAGAUAACGAAUCCACCACCAGGUAUGGUGGGACACGAUGAUUCUAUGAGCCACAUGAGUGCUCACCAUAUGCAACAGCAAUCUCACCAUAUAAUGGAAACACAACGCGGACGUGGUCGUAAACGCGGUGGUUUAACGUCGCCAGUAUCACCUCGAAGUAAUAACCGUUCACCUGUGAAACGUGCAAGACUGGAUAUAGAACCAUCUCAACCACCACCGCAGCCCAUUCAACCUGUAGAAAAACCCGACGCCAACAUGUGUUUGAAGUAUACUUUUGGUGUGAACGCGUGGAAGCAAUGGGUAAUGACAAAGAAUGCCGACAUAGAAAAAAGUACGACUAGGCGUCGACCAUUCAAAACGGAACUUUUGCAAAUGACCGCAGACGAAUUAAACUAUUCUCUGUGUUUGUUUGUAAAAGAGGUGCGUAAGCCAAACGGCACUGAAUAUGCUCCAGAUACUAUAUACUAUUUGGUUUUAGGCAUCCAGCAAUAUCUGUAUGAAAAUGGCAGAAUUGAUAACAUUUUCACGGAUCCAUACUAUGAACGUUUCACCGACUGUUUGGAUGAAGUGGCCCGUAAAUUUUCAGUCCUCUACAAUGAUUCACAGUACAUUGUGACCCGAGUUGAAGAGGAACAUUUAUGGGAGUGUAAACAGCUUGGCGCUCAUUCACCACAUGUCCUGCUCAGUACACUUAUGUUUUUUAAUACGAAACACUUCAAUUUAACGACUGUAGAAGAGCACAUGCAACUAUCRUUCUCUCACAUAAUGAAACAUUGGAAACGCUCAGCACAAAAUGCUAAAAUGCCAGGUACUAGAAAUGUACUUCUACGUUUCUAUCCGCCACAAGCUGGUCUUGAUGCCAACCCUCGUAAGAAAAAGGUUUAUGAACAGCAAGAGAACGAAGAAAACCCUUUGCGCUGCCCAGUCCGUCUCUAUGAGUUUUACCUCUCGAAAUGUCCGGAAAGCGUAAAAACACGCAAUGAUGUAUUUUAUUUACAACCUGAACGCUCUUGUGUACCCGACUCACCGGUUUGGUAUUCCACUCAAGCGCUUAGUCAGGAGUCAUUACAGAAGAUGCUGCAUCGUGUCAAGAUGGUUAAGGAGAUCAAUAUUGCACUGCUGACGAGUUAAUACGAUGUAGUUUUGCCAAGCAGCAACUGCACAAAUAACACCAGCACACCAAUCUCUAAUAGUCACAACCGCAGCCAUACAAACCAACAACAGCAUUCAGCGUUGCAGACAGCCAUUAAUGCAUUGCGUUGUUUGUUUCCGCCUUUAGGAUAAAAACAGCAGGCGCAGCUUGACUAAAGUUCUUAUUUACUAAGACAGACAUGUGGUACAGCGUUUUACUAUCCUGUAUGCAUUCAGUCAGUUUCGGGCAAUUAAAUAAGGAAACGAUAUUGGGUACAUAUUUACUAUAACUGAUAAAAUAUUUUUAAUUUAUUAUACAUACAUAUGUACAAUGUACUAAUAUCAAAGUUAAAAUAGUGAGAUAAUAAUUUUCUGAAUAUUAUACAUACAUAUAUGAAAUCGAUAAAAAAAAAUAUUAAAGACACACAUAAUUACUUAGUGUUUGUACGAAUACGAAAUAUUUUUUUAUUUGUAUGGAAAUGUGUUGUUUAGAUUUAGUUUAGCCAUCUGCCCAAAUCAAAGGUGAGAAAAGGCACCAAAAAUUCGUUUUGAGAAUUUGUAAUUACAAGUUCAACAUUUAAUAAAUUUGGCAUCAUGUAACAUAAGUUAUAGAAAUUAAUUUUUGUAACAGCACUUCUUUAUUUUUCAAUAUAUUUAGUAGACACAAAUUAAAAAAAAGUGUGACUACUUAAAUCUCAAAAUAUAGAGAAAUUUCGAAAGAGUACACCAAUAAUGCGUCAAACUCAAGAUAUUCGUAAACAUACAGUGUUAUCAAUAAAUUUGAGUAAAUAGUUAAGACAUAAAAAAAUUUAAAGCCCACACUACUCCCCCAUAAGAACAGUUAUAUAAAUAUAUAAUAUGGAGUUGUUUUAUCCCUAUUCCUAAAAUAAGUAGCAACGCUCUAAUUUCAUAAUUAAAAAAAUAACUAUUUUAAUUUCUGCAAUUUUUUGUAUGGGGAUUUAGUGUGAGUUUUGUAUUUUUUAAGAAUUUUACAAACUUUGUGCUAAAAAGCUAACCAAUUAAAGUAAAUAAUUUCAAUUCACAUUUGAUUUAUAUGAUUUACCACAUUCAAAUGAAUAGGUUUAUCAUUAAUACGUUGAUAAAAUAAGAUUCUGGAUUUUAUUAUUAGGUUUUAGGCUUAUUUUUAAAAUUGAACUUUGUUAUUAUUAUUAUGAUCAAGUAAAUAAAGUCACAGACGAAAUUGAAAUGCCACAUGUAUAAAUGUAUAUGUAUAUAAUUGCUCGGUAUAUAAUUUGUUAACGUAUUUUUCAUUUAUAUUUGACGUGUAUAUGCAUGGCGAAUAUUUGGUUGCUAAAGCUUUUUCGAAAAAUAAAAUGCGAAAUACAGCAAAUUUAUAUUAUCUGCAUUUUGAAAGAAACUUAUCUCAACUUUAUACAUCCUAACAAAAAAUUCAAAUACAGUGAAUUAAAAGAGUAGAAUUUAAGGAAUAUUAAAAACGAGAUUUGGUUAUCAGUAGUAUAUAAAGUUUUGCUGUUUAUCAAUGAACCACAGUAUAGACAUUGUAAUUCAAAGUGAACCAUUGAUUUAUUCAGCACUUAUGAUUUUUUGCAAAUUUGAGUACAGUGUCUGCCAUUUUGUGUAUUCGAUAAUUGUAGCUCUUGCAAUCACUAUAAUAAAGCCAUAAUUGAUUUUUUUUUUUU